GGGGAGGGGAAGGGGGAGGAGCGGGGAUAAAGCUUCUUUGCAUAUUUCGUAUGGGGUACGGUGUUUUUUUUUAUACUUUUGGCUGGUGGGUGUGGAACUUUGGUACUGCAAGAGGUUUUAUACAUAUCCAUAAUAGUUUCUUACGUUUGUGCUUGUCCGCUUCCGUGCCCGUGUUCUUGUGGUGGUGGCCGUGUCGUUGUUCGUGUUCUUAUGGUGGUGGUUUGGGGGGAUGUCUAGAGAGGUCAGAAGGUAGAGUUGGAGGGAGGGGGAAUCGACGGCUGCUGGAGAUUCGAGACCGAUAACAAUGAAGUAGUCCGUGACAAUCGUGAAUGAU